AUGGAUAUGACAAUAACACAGGCUCCUGUCCUCGCGUCGGAUUGGUCACAGCCAACACGCUGCCUCCCUACGAAAGAUAUAUGGUAUUGGGAAUGGAAUCGUUGGUAUUCUAGCCACAGUGGAGGCCAUGCAGGAGGAGCCGCCCUUGCGGAGAUGCUUGGGGCACCAACCGAUGUCAGCAGCUGCUACCCGCCCAGCUAUACUCCCUUCGGCCAUAUGCUGGGCACUGCAUGCCCGAACGGCUUUACUUCUGCUUGCAAUGUGGACGGUAUCACAACAUGUUGCCCAACUGCAUACGAUUUCACUUGCCACGAUGGAGCGAUUUCAACGUAUGCGAAUGUUAGCUGCUCGAGCAACUUCGAAAACACCACUGUAGUCUUCAAAACUGCCUUUCUGACGGAGACAGUGGACGGGAAACCAGUGGAGACGGAUAGUGCGGAAAGACAUCCAGUGACGUCUGGUCGUGACGUGUUAUUCGCAUUGGGCGUUGCAUACGCCAACCCUUCAACCGCCACGCUGCCUAGCUCUACUGCGACUGAGACCGAUUCCGAUUCGGCAAGCUCUCGAACUGAUUCUACCACGAGUGAUAGCAACGCAUCUAUCACAUCUGGCGCAUCUGGGUCAUCAGCUACAACGGAUGGCGGGGCAGAAUCCACGUCGAGUUUAGCAUCUUCUACACCGAGGGGAAUAAGAUUGGUCGCUGUACUUGCUGCGGGCCUGGCUGUGAUAUUCGGCCAAUGA